UUUAUUUUGUAAACUGACUUUUGAACAGGAAGUGUCUGCCUGAAAUGCUCCAGUCUUCUCUGUAGCAGGAGUGUUUUCAGGGGUCAUUUAAAGUUCGUGGCGUGCCUGUGUGGGCCUGGUGAAAAUGUCCGCGGUGAUUCCUCGUAUCGAGCAGCUGUCAUCGAGAGUGGUGCGUGUUUUGGGCUGUAACCCGGGCCCCAUGACACUGCAGGGCACCAACACAUACCUGGUCGGGACAGGCAGAAGGCGAGUGUUAAUUGAUGCAGGGGAGCGCGCGGUACCGGAGUAUAUUGUCAAUCUGCGCGAGGCUCUGAAGCAGCACGACACGUCCAUACAGCACAUUAUAGUCACACACUGGCAUCACGAUCACACUGGAGGACUGCAGGAUAUACUCUCAAACUUUCACACAGAUUCAGAGCUGAGGGUCAGUAAACUCCCUCGGUGUCCUCCACAGGAAGAAGUGAUUGGAGAACAGAAUAAAUAUUUCUAUCUCAGUGAUGGUGAUGUGAUAAAGACUGAAGGGGCAACAUUACGGGUGCUGUUUACUCCUGGACACACAGAUGAUCACAUGGCAUUAUUGCUGGAGGAGGAGCAAGCUGUGUUUUCAGGUGACUGUAUUCUUGGAGAGGGAACGGCCGUGUUCGAGGACCUCCAUGAUUACAUGAAGUCACUGCAGAAGCUCCUCAGCAUGAAGGCUGACCUCAUAUAUCCAGGUCAUGGUCCAGUGGUCCAAGAUGCAUGUUCUAAGAUCUGUGAGUACAUAACUCACCGCAACGCAAGAGAACAGCAGAUCCUAAACGUUCUGCAGGAGAACAGCGGAAAUGCGUUCACCUCCAGCGAGCUGGUUAAAGUGGUGUACAAGGAGACCCCUGAACACCUGCACAGAGCAGCAGAGUUUAACUUGCUGCACCAUUUAAAGAAACUCCACAAGGAAGGAAAGAUCUGCCUGGCUGAAGGCUCAAAUGACAAGAAGUGGAAGAGCAAUUUGUGACUUUUUUUUCCCAGCACACUCAUCACCCACAGUGACUAAUAAAAGGUUCCCAGUGAAGUGAGAUGGACUUAAAGGGACACUGGGACUAGUCACUUUUUUCAAAUGUUGACCUUCUGUGAAAACCUGCUCUGAUAGGAGGCUAUUAACAUUUACAUUUAUUUAGCAGACACAUUUUGUAAGUGCCUUACAAAUGGCCACAUUUAAACAGUAUAAAUCAUGCAAUACAAAACCAUUCAUAAAAUGGGAAAACAUGUAAAAGGUAAUGACCUUUGUAAUCCUGUGAAAUGUUAUUGUUGUUUUGGACAUAUACUGCCAUCUGAUGAAUGUAGCAUCACAUGAAAACAAUAGCAAAAAAUAAUUUAUUCCAUGAGAGACUGUACAAUAACAUGUAAAUAAAAGUAAAAUAAAGCAACUUUUAUGAGGCUAAUGAUAUAACUGGAAUUAUAUUAUGUCUAUAGCUGUAAUUAUUUAAUGAGAUAAAAAUAUCAAGUCUCUUUAAUUUGUAACAUUUAAUCAUUUCAAAUGUUGUACAUCCCUGCGGGAUUUUGAUGUUGGAAGCAUUUCAUUGACUAAUU